CUUCCCUCCCCAUUCAAGCGAGAAAGGUGAAUCGAUUUUCCUUCUCUCCCUCUCUCUGAAGUCCGAUCUCGAUCUGUUAUUCUUCUUGUCAUAUAGAAAUCAUGGGAUUUUCGAAGGAACAUCAGUUCCUGACGGAGCUGGGACUCCGUCCACGCAAUCAAGGCUCUUACGUUAGCGGCGUCUGGAGAGGAAACGGCUCCGUUAUAACGUCCUCUAAUCCCUCCAAUAAGCAGCCCAUUGCGGAGGUAGUGGAAGCAUCUAUUCAAGAUUAUGAGGAUGGCUUGCAAGCUUGCAAUGAAGCAGCGAAGAUAUGGAUGCAAAUUCCUGCACCAAAGAGGGGUGAGAUUGUCAGGCAGAUAGGUGAAGCGUUGAGAGUCAAAUUGCAGCAUCUUGGCAGACUUGUAUCACUCGAGAUGGGAAAAAUACUUCCUGAAGGAGUAGGGGAGGUUCAAGAAAUUAUCGACAUGUGUGAUUAUGCUGUUGGGUUAAGUAGGCAACUGAGUGGAUUAAUCAUACCUUCAGAACGUCCCAAUCAUAUGAUGAUGGAGGUGUGGAAUCCACUGGGAAUUGUAGGUGUAAUUACAGCUUUCAACUUCCCAUGUGCUGUUCUUGGAUGGAAUGCCUGCAUUGCUUUAGUCUGCGGUAAUUGCGUUGUUUGGAAAGGUGCUCCAACAACUCCAUUGAUUACUAUUGCAAUGACAGAAAUAGUUGCUGGGGUUCUAGAGAAGAACAAUUUACCAGGUGCAAUUUUCACUUCCUUUUGUGGUGGAGCUGAAAUUGGUCAAGCAAUAGCUAAAGAUGCACGCAUUCCUCUCGUCUCCUUCACUGGAAGUACCAAGGUGGGGCUAAUGGUUCAGCACACAGUUAACGAGAGAUUUGGCAAAUGCUUACUUGAACUAAGUGGAAAUAAUGCUAUAAUAGUCAUGGACGAUGCCGACAUUCAGCUAGCUGUGCGUUCUGUUCUAUUUGCCGCUGUUGGUACAGCUGGCCAGCGUUGCACGACAUGUCGUAGGCUGCUUCUUCAUGAAAGCAUAUAUCAAAAUGUACUUGAUCAGCUGGUUGGAGUUUACAAGCAAGUGAAGAUUGGGGAUCCUUUAGAGAAAGGUACCUUGCUAGGACCCCUGCAUACUUCUGCUUCAAAGGAGAACUUUGUGAAAGGCAUCCAAGUCAUAAAAUCUCAGGGAGGAAAGAUCCUUGUCGGUGGAUCUGUUAUAGAAUCAGAGGGGAACUUUGUGCAGCCGACAAUUGUUGAGAUUUCUCCAACUGCACCUGUUGUGAAAGAAGAAUUGUUUGCUCCUGUUCUUUACGUCAUGAAAUUUCAGACUCUAAAAGAAGCGAUCGAAAUAAACAACUCUGUACCACAAGGAUUGAGUAGCUCAAUCUUCACCCGCAGACCUGAAAUUAUAUUCAAAUGGAUUGGGCCACAUGGCAGUGACUGUGGUAUAGUUAAUGUAAAUAUACCAACAAAUGGUGCCGAGAUAGGUGGCGCUUUUGGGGGUGAAAAGGCAACAGGAGGCGGCCGUGAAGCAGGAAGCGACUCUUGGAAACAAUACAUGCGGCGCUCAACAUGCACCAUCAACUAUGGAAAUGAACUACCGCUGGCGCAAGGAAUAAACUUUGGCUAAUGAUUCUGCUCUUGAACUAAAAAUCGGCAUCUGCCUCAGUUUAAAAUCUCAGCCUGGGAGAUGACUGGUAAUUACAAUGUCUGAAACUGAGAUUUGCUGCCAUUCCAGUUUUAUUGAAAAGAACAAGAGAAAGAAAUAAACGAAAAUAAGCAAUGGCUAUGGUUUGGUGGUA